AUGACUGGAACUGAAAAACAAAAACUUCUAAUUAUUGGAAAAAGCAAAAAUCCAAGGUCAUGGAUGACAUCAUUAAUUUUUGAAAAGUGGUUACUAGAUAUUGAUCAAAAAACGAGUCAAGAAAAUCGAAAAAUAAUUUUAUUUGUGGAUAAUUGUACUGCUCAUCCUCGUACCUUAUCUACAAAGUUAAAAUCUAUAACGAUUGCAUAUUUUCCCCCAAAUACAACAAGUAAGCUCCAACCAAUGAACCAAGGAAUAAUAAGUAAUCUUAAAGUGUAUUAUCGAAAACGUAUUUUGAACAAAGUUAUUUCAAAUCUUGAACAGAGAACAACAAUUACUCUGCGAGAUUGUAUUUCUGAGGUAUCGAAAGCUUGGAGAAGUGAUGUAACGUCCGAAACCAUAAAAAAAUGUUUUUUCAAAGCGGGAUUUACAAAUGAAAAUAUUGAAACCGAUAUUGAAAUACCAGAUGUACAACGAGAAUGGGAGUUAGUUCAUUGCGAUGGCGUUACUUUACAAGAUUAUUUGAAAAUUGAUGAAGAUAUCGCCGUAUAUGAAUCACCUACUGAAGAAAACGACGAAGAGGAACAUGCAGUAGAACAAUCCAAACUCACAGAAGAAGACAUAUUAAACGCUUUAUCGGUGGUAAGAAAUGGUUUUAGACAAGAAGCAAAUGUUCCCGAUGAAAUUUUUUUAAAACUUGACGAUAUAGAAACUUUUUACGAAAGAAGGACAAUUUUCAAAAAUAAUAAGCAAACAAAACUUACUGAUUAUUUCUUUUAA